AUGAAACCAGUCCGAAACCCGCCUCCCAAUACGGAUGGACCUGUUCGUCUGUACAGCUCUCUUGGUCUGUACAGCUCAGUACGAAAUUCCGCACUGACCAGAUCCGCGCGGAAAUUUUCCGCACUUCGCGCAGGCUCCGAUUCUCUGGUGGAAUGGGGGUUCUUCAACUGUUAUCAACGAUUACCAUCAAGACCCCCUGAUUACCGACUGGACUACAAGUUAGACCAUCAUUCACCACCUCACUCUCUUUCUCAACACCCGCCGGCUCAAGAACAACAAGAAGUUUAUUCAGAAUGGUGGACAGCACGAAUGAACCCGGCUCGACGGUUUCGAUUUCAAAACCAGAAGAAGUGGAAGUGGAAAUUACAGGGAAGAAUGGAGUCGUCUCAGGACUUGAACACGGAAGAGAAGGAGACACCAACCGAGCAGAAAAAUUGCAGAAGAACGGAACAGGAGAAGAGAAGAAAGAUAAGAAGAAGCCGACAGGAUACGAAUUGCUCGGAGCUGGCGUGGCGGAUCUUAUCACGCUACUAUGGGGCCGAACUAUGCUACACACCUAUGAUUCAUCCGGGCCUAUAUUCUGAUGACCGCCAGAUCAAGUAUCGGGUCGAACAACUGGAUUUGGAUUCUCAUGAGGAAGGAAUCCAGAAGGAUUAGAUCGCCCGUUGAUCGUCCAGUUUUGCGCUCAUCAUCCGGAUACACUCUUGAAGGCUGCGAACUUGUCACUCUGAAGUUCAAUUGUGA